AUGGUUUAUCACGCUGCUGUUAUGUACCCCAACGAGGCCGAUAUCCACUUCGACCGCGACUAUUACAUCAAAAAACACAUGCCCCUCGUCGAGAGCAUCUGGAAGAAGCACGGAUUGACCAGCUGGCAAGUCAUCGAAUACACCAAGUCCCUCGACGGCUCUCCCGCCAAGUACUUAAUUGCUGCUACGCUCGAAUGGGAGAGCGAGGAGAGUCUGCAAAAUGCGCUGCAGGAUUCCGAGACCGCCAAGGUCUUUGCCGAUAUCGCCAACUUCACCAACGUGCAGCCCAUCACUAUGGCCGGUGUUGGACUUUGA